UAAACAGACUCAAACUUAAAAUUAAUUAAUAAAUUGAUAAUUGAAUUUUUAGUGUUGUACUUGUUGUAAUUAAUUGACUAGUUGUUAUCGUGAUUUGUUAGUGGUUUUUUUUUUUUUAUUUGUUAGUAGUCAACAAUUUUUAUGAUGAAAUAAAUUUAAAUGUGUACUCAUUAAGAAGACUAGAAACCACAAAACAAAACAUCAACAAUAUAUCCACGUGUCUUUUGUUGACAAUGGCAACUAGUAAGAAUAUUGCCUCAAUAUUUCGCUCUCGUAACUGUUUAAUUGCUGGAAAUAAUAAAUUAAGAUUUAUCAAAACAAUUACUUCAAAACAAAGACAAUUUGCAACACUUACAUGUGGCCCUAGAACAUCAUCAAUAUUUAUUCAAAACAAAUAUAUUAAAAAUAUUCGACAAUUUCAUGUGUCAAAUAGUCUGGGUGCACCUAGAAAAAGUUACUAUAAAAUUCUUGGAGUGACAAAAAAUGCUUCAUCAAAAGAUAUAAAAGCAGCAUAUUAUCAAUUGGCUAAAAAAUAUCAUCCUGAUAUAAAUAAAAAUAAUCCUGAUGCUGAAAAAAAAUUUAAAGAAUUAUCUGAAGCUUAUGAAGUGUUGAGUGAUGAUUAUAGAAGAACACAAUAUGAUAAUUCGCGUAGAAAAUCAAAUAAAUAUACAAAAUCAGAAUAUGAUAAUUCGAAUAGAACAUCGGAUAAUUAUACAACAUCAGAAAAUCAUUAUUCAUGGGAAACCCAAGAUGAUACUUCCGAAAGUCCUGACUCCCGGGAUGGAUCUCAUCAUCGGACUGAGUCGGUUCCAACCAUGGCAAUAUUUAUUGGUUUCACACUAUCAAUUUUUGUGAUUUUCUCUAUUUUUAAUGGUAUGGAUAAAGAAUCUGUGGUCAGACUCUUGGAGCUCUUGGCAUCACUGGAAAGCGACCCAGAACAAAGAAGGAUCUUGUUGUUGCUGAAAUCAAUGAUUGGAGAUGAUUGAAGAUGAAGGAAAUUGGUCAACAAUUUUCAUGAUGAAAUAAAUUUAAAUGUGUUCUCAUCAAGAAGACUAGAAACCACAAAAAACAAAACGUCAACAAUAUAUCCACGUGUCUUUUGUUGACAAUGGC